GUCACGCUGGUCAAACAUUGAUAAGUCUGUCUCACUCUGAACUUCCGGCGCAGCUCAGCGGGCUCAUCGCCACUCUGAGCAGCAGCUCCGGUGUGUGCGGGCCGCCGGGUGUGUCUCUCCGCUCGGCUGAUGGAGAUUCCGGUUUUUCCGGUCGGCUCCUCCUGGUUUUAACGCAGCAGCUCCGAGUCCCGCUUCAGUCCGAGCAGCAGCAGCAGCAGCAGGAUGGCCUCCAACACUGCCACCAUGGGGAACCUCCCCAGCGGGAUCGGAAUAUGCACGACCAUCCCCGACAUCCUCUACCUGCCUGAGCUGAUCUUCGGUGGCCUGGUCUGGAUCUUGGUGGCGUGCACGCUGGUGGUGCCACAGAACCCUCAGGGCUGGGUCAUGUUCGUCUCCGUCUUCUGCUUCAGCUUGACUUUUAUCUGGAUGGUGGUGUUCGCCUGCGGGGGGCAUCGCAACAAAGGCAGCUGGGCUGCAGCAGACUUUGCGUAUCACGGCAUCGCGGCCUUCUUCUACCUCAGCGCCUCAGUGGCUUUGGCUACAGUGACCCUGGGCUUGGACGAUGGGACUGGCUCCCAAAGCUACAAGCUGGACAUCGCUGCAGUGGUCUUCUCGUACGUGGCGACUCUCCUCUACUUCAUUCACGCCAUCCUGUCUGCCAUCCGAUGGAAGUCUUUCUAGAGACAAAGCUGAUUUUUGAAGUUUGAACAUGAAGCUGCAGCACGCCGACGUGAAGAUGAGGGGAGGGCUGACGGUGAUGGAGGCUGACUGCAGAGGCGUUUGGAUUCUGUAUCACUGCAGCGUCUCUCAGCGUCCGGCUGUAUGAAGCAGGAGGGGUUCAGGGAUUUGAAGUGAUGGCGUGAAGAAGUUUAGGCUUCGUCAGUUCUGUCGAUGGAUCCACAGAAGCUGCGGAGCGUGUCAGCAGGUUUACAGCCUCACACAUGACUGACGCUGAAUCCACAGUGAGAGUCACCAGCAAAAAUGCUGAUUAGGCUGGUUUUUAUUUCUGAGCUGUUUCUGUCCACCCCCACAUGUUCUGUGAGCUCCGCCUCCUCUGAGCGCCCUCACUGCUGUACCUUUGUUAUGGCUUUCCUUUAGAUCCGUCUUCCUGUUCUGCUCUCAGCUGAUGAAAGAAAGAUGUUGAUGUGGCUGAAUUCAGGCUGUAUUUUUUAUAACUUUCUCAACAAGAAGAUCAAAUUAAAUAUGGAUCAAAGCAGGAAAUUAAACCAGGCUGUAUAUUGAGACUUUUGUUUUUGUAAUUUAAGCCUUGAUAACUUCAUUCAUGCUUCGUUUUUAUACGUUUUUGAUGCUGUUGACAUCA